AUGGCGGCCACGGACGGGCAGAUCAUCCUGGCGGCGUCGCGCUUCGCAUCGGACACGGCCCCGGCGUACCUGCGGGACUUUGCCAAGAGCAGCGAGCUGCCGGCGGUCGGUAAGAUCGUCAAGGGCCAGUACUACAACCUGGGCGUGCCGACGCUCUCGAACCCGUCGCUCCAGAGCACGGCCCUGUUCCUGAACGCGGGCCGCAAGUACCAGAUCCUGGCGCAGCCGGUCAAGAUCAAGGAGGGCCGCAAGAACACGAACGUCGGCCCGAAAGUGCUGAUCCCGGAGACGUACGCCGGGUACUUUGAGCUGCUCAGCGAGGACGGCCGAUCGACGCGAUGCAUCGAGAGCGUCCUGGAGCUGUCCCGGCGGCGCAACUUCCGGGUGCUGGUCCGUGAGACGUUGCGCUGCAACCACAACAGCAAGUCGGUGCACGCGGGCGAAAUACUGACCACGAUCUCGGACAACGGGAAGCAGCUGCAGUGCCGGACGGCGAAGGACGAGAUCGUCAACCUGCCAUUGGAAGCCAAAGCCAAGUUCUCGCCGAUCGCCAAGGAGGACAGCAUCAGCGGCGUGCACACGGUGCGCAACCUGCUCCAGAAGCGCAUGCCGGUCACGGUCCGGCUGGUGCACGGGGCGGCCCCGAAGGGCCUGAAGCAGCCGUUCGUGCCGGAGCUGCGGCUGCUCGGGUGCGUCGAGGUCGACCGAAUAUUCGCCCUGCCGCUCCAGAAGGACAUGGACCUCAUCUCGGUGCCACUGAACGCGAAGAUCAAGAUCCAGCGGGCCAAGAACAUGGACCAGCUGGACCACUUCAUCGAGUACUCGCGCUUCCUGGACAAGGCGCACCGGUUGCUGGUGGAUGCGCGCGAUCGCCUGCAGAUCAUCGAUCUCAAGCUGACGGAGAAGGAGAAGAAGGACUCCUCGAAGCUGGGGGCCGGGGCGAAUGGGCGCAACAAGACGUCGCUCACGUCCGGGCUGACCGCGAACGGGUACGUGCUGAAGAAGAGCAACAGCUGUGAUUCGAACCGCUACUCCCCACCGAUCGGUGGCAGUAGCGGUGGUGGUGCCGGGGGAGGCACAGGAGGCAGUCCGAAUGGGUCGAUCGCGGACGAGUACGACGAGAUCGAUCAGAUUUACGACUACGUGCGUGGGUUGGCUCCGCUGCCGAAGAACCUGUACAAGUUCGAGGCGAUCGAACCGAUCGGGGGCUCGUCGUCGCCGCCGACGGCCGCCACCACGACCCCGGUCUCGAACUCGGUGCUACUCGGCCCCGCCACACACCAGCACCAGCUCAAGACGGUGGAAAACAUGAAGACGGCCCAAUCGAACGCCAUCAACAACAACAAUCACUACGACACGAGCAACAACAACAACAACAACAGCUACUCCAACAUCAUCAAGUACUCGAACCACGGGCAGCAGUUGGCCAGUUCGAACCACCAUCACCACCAUCACCAUCACCACCACCAUCUGCACCAGCACCAUCUGCACCUGCACACGGCCUCGAACAGUCUGGAGUCCUCGUCGAAGCACAACAGCGUGGCCGCUGCCCUGAACGCCAUCAACAACAACCACAACAACGGUAGCGGCGGCACCGUGGCGAUCACGACGCUCGACCACAAACCGAUCCCACCGCCGAUCGAGACGAUCCCGGGCAAGAAGUUGCCCGAGAAGCGCCAACGGCCGACGCUUCCGAAGCUGUACUUCAAGAGCAACAUCGGGCUGCACCAGAAGAGCCCCACGCCCGGUUCGGCCGCCAUCAGCCCCACGGCAACCGGUGGCGUGGUCCUGCAGCAGCACCCGUCGAUCGCCGUCACCCCGAAGGAGAUUGCCGUCGAACCGCAGAGUCCGCUGUUCCACAUCAGAUACAAAAGUCUGAGCAGUCUGCAGCUGGCGGCGACGACCCCGCAGGACUCGCAUCCGGCCACACCGAUCUCUCCGUCGCCGAAGGGUGCCCAGGAUAAGAACCACCUGCUGUCCAAAUCGGCCAGUGCCGCCGUUCAGGGACGCGGUGGCGAAGGUACCCUCGACUCGUCACGUAGCGGAGGCCGCACGUCGGGUGAUUCGGGCAAGUUGCCGGAAAAGAAGUCCCGCCGGUUGAGCCGGCCGCGCAGCCUCUCGAACCUGGUGUGGGACCUGCGGCCCCACAAGUCGUCGUCGGACAAGUCGAAGAAGAAGCUCUACCUGCACCAGUUCGACGUGCGGCAGCAGGGAACCCUCUACCUGUAGAGAGGGCGCGGCCAGGGCCGCGGCCUGGAAUCAG